AUGUUUUUGUACCCAGACAGCCUGUGCAAGCUGCCCUUCAGGCCCAGCUUACACUACAACCUGCCGUGGCUGCAGCAAGUCAGAGUGCGCGCUUUGUCGUUCGUUAUCGCAAACCGACAGGGCCGGUGCGUCUUUCUUGACCUGGGCCUACGCGAAAACUGGUCACUGCCGCCACCACCACCACCACCCGGGGUGGUGGCCGAAAUUCAUAACAAUGAGCCCGGCAUCCGCCAUGAAUUGAACGCUUGCGAUAUCCUCAAAUUGCAUGAUUUCCGCAUCAACAACAUUGAGCCACAUGCACCUCAAUCACAUGAGGGAACUCUUUCGCUUUCCUUUGACCACCGCGCUGGUUGUUGGCCCCGGGGUCGAGGUUUGCGAGGCAACGAUGCCCAGUUCUGCCGAACAGGAGAACUCCCAGAUCCCGACCUCAGAAUCUUCUUUGGCGAUGGUUCGCUUUACCUCCUUCCCACCCCUGGCCAUGCAGUCGGCCAUAUGGCAGCGCUAGUCCGCGUCACCAGCGGCCCAGACUCGUUCGUCUUACUGGACGACGAUGCAUGCGAUUACUGCGGCGAGCUACGUCCCUCGCCCAGUCGACCAAAUCCGAUGAGUGCAUCGUCAUGCCUCGAGCAAUUCUUGGAUAUCAACCCUAGCACCGGGUUGCAACCUCUCUUUCAUGUCAUGCAAGAUUCAAACUUCGCAGCUCACUACCAUGAUUUGAAGAGGCAGAGUAAACUAAUCUCUGCCUGCAAGAAUUUGGCGCCCUCGAAAGCAUCAUAA